CCAUUCUCUUAGUUUCCAAACUAAGCCGUAAAUAUACUGGUUUGCAUUCCAGCCAUUACCCGGUCUCCUUAUGGGUUCAGUUGUUUCAUAGGAAAUGUACUUAACAUUUCUCAACUCCUCCAAUCGUCCCAUGUAGUUUAAUAUCACAGCUCUCUUAGUAAUGUACCGUUAGUCCACAUCGUCCUAAAACAACUAGCGCGACGAUUCCGCCCGCACUGAUUUGUCAGUUGAGGGACGAGCAUCGCGUAGGAGUGACGCCACCUGACGUACGACAACGGUUCGCCCAAGUAAGUCACGAAAGCGAAAGUGCAUGAAGACUGUUUUCAGAGUUGUAGUUUGACUGGUUGGAGAGGGACACCGUCGGUUUCUCUGAGCUGUUAUCCAGCUCCCACAGAAGAGGACACAGGGAGGAUUAGGAUCUGUUGCCGUCUUCAGAUUGAGGUCAAUGCGAUCUGUCAGGUGAGACUGUAAAAGCCCCGUAAGUACCUUAGAGAUCCCACACCUCAAUGGAGAAAAUACAGUAUCCUCAAUGUGUUCCACAAGCGUGAGCUGACUAUUGUAUGUUGUAGAGUCCCUGUAUUCUUUCACUAAACGGUGAUGUCAGCCCUGGCAUGAAAAGCACAGCUGAAAUACAGUGAGCCUCUAAACCGUAGGACAGUGAACACAGCAGUAAAUACCCCUGCCCUGCUAUAGACCAGACUAGUGUUUCUACAGACGAUAGGAGCUAUAGGUGAGCUUCUCAUAAACAAGUGAUAUAACAUGCGUCAUUGAACAUGCUUCAUGAACCACACUGAUCAACUGUAUACCUGGUUCCCUCUUUCUACCUCACCCACUACUUACUGCGGCCUUUUACUCCUCCUGGAACACAGGCCAGUGGUUAAAUAGAUGUCUUUCUAUCUCCCUCACUCUUAUUAAGGCAGCUGAGGACAGAGUAGACAGAUAAGCACUUGAGCCGAUGUGCAUCUUCCGCUGAGCACAGCAAAGUCCCCCUAAACCUCAACCUAAAAAAGGUUAGGUCACUCCUACGCCCAUGUACCCCCCGGCCUCCCGCUCCCUUUCCCCCUGCCCCAGGAGUCUCCUGUCCUUGUGCCCCAUUGGCCAUCACUGAUCAGGUGGACAGAGGAUGGCCAAAAUCUUCCCUAAGACUCGAAAACACGCCAUCAUUCGCCUCUCCCGCGUUCCUUGGAAGCAGUUGACGUGCCAGCUGCGUAUUUGACGGCGCCAGUCGGCCCUCUAGACGAUCAGCUAGGACCCUUUUCCCCCGUUUCUCCCCCCGUCGUUUGGUUUUGAGCACUACAGGGCCGAAGCCGGCGUGUGAGGAUGGGGGCCGGAGCGAGUGCAGAGGACAAGCACUCCAAAGAGCUGGAGAAGAAACUCAAGGAGGAUGCAGAGAAGGACGCCAGGACAGUCAAGCUGCUGCUGCUGGGUGCUGGAGAAUCAGGAAAGAGCACAAUCGUCAAACAGAUGAAAAUUAUCCAUCAAGAUGGUUACUCUCUUGAAGAGUCCAUGGAGUUUGUCACCAUCAUCUACAGCAAUACCCUUCAGUCCAUCAUGGCGAUUGUAAAGGGCAUGACUCAACUCAACAUCGGCUACGGUGACACCGCUCAGCAGGACGAUUCCAGGAAGCUCAUGCACCUGGCAGACACCAUUGAGGAGGGUUCCAUGCCCAAAGAGCUGUCUGACAUCAUCAUCCGGCUGUGGAAGGACACUGGUAUCCAGGCAUGCUACGACAGGGCCUCUGAGUACCAGCUUAAUGACUCCGCUGGAUACUAUCUGAAUGACUUGGAGAGGCUGGUCCAGCCUGGAUACAUCCCCACUGAGCAGGACAUGUUGCGAUCAAGAGUAAAGACCACUGGUAUCAUAGAGACCCAGUUCGGCUUAAAAGACCUCAACUUCAGGAUGUUUGACGUGGGCGGCCAGCGCUCAGAGAGGAAGAAAUGGAUCCACUGCUUUGAGGGAGUGACCUGUAUUAUCUUCAUCGCUGCUCUGAGCGCCUACGACAUGGUGCUGGUGGAGGAUGACGAAGUGAACCGAAUGCACGAGAGUCUCCACCUGUUCAACAGCAUCUGCAACCACCGCUACUUUAUUGCCACCUCCAUCGUACUCUUCCUCAACAAGAAAGACGUCUUCACCGAGAAGAUCAAGAAGGCUCACCUCAGCAUGUGCUUCCCCGACUACGACGGCCCCAACACCUAUGAGGAUGCUGGCAACUACAUCAAACUCCAGUUCCUGGACCUGAACUUGCGGCGAGAUAUCAAGGAGGUCUACUCACACAUGACCUGUGCCACAGACACAGAAAACGUCAAGUUUGUGUUUGACGCCGUAACCGACAUCAUCAUCAAAGAAAACCUAAAGAGUUGUGGUCUCUUCUAAAGAGCCACGCCGUAUAGGGUGUUGGUUUACCCUCUGAAUCCUAUCCACUUCCCCCUUCAAACUGCGGGAAACAAUCUCCUCAAGAAGACCGGACGAAGGAGACCAACACAGCAACUGUCUCUGGAAGCUGCCAUUCACAAAUUAUGAUACUACACACACACACACUGACAUGAAUUCAUACAAAACGCAGCAUCAUAACCAAAGACAUUUAAGUUCAUUUGAGACCUGGAAAAUAGGUGUACUGUCAAAGUAAGAGGAUCUAUACCGUACAGAUUUAUGUUAUAAGUCAAUCAUAGUCAAGCUAUCGUCCUUUGUUAAAUGUCUUGAAUAGGAACUCCUUUUCCAUUGCAGUGCUAUGCAACCUGUAGAUUAAACAUCGGCGCCUGUCAGCAGAAAGCGCUUCUUCCCCCACAGUACAUUUGAAUAGGUGUAAGGCAAUGUAUCAUCUCUAUGCUCCAGUAACUGGCAUUAAAAAGCUUUAAGAGAUGGCCUCAUCACCUGCAGACAUAUUUCAACUUGCGUGACAAGUUACAAAACCCAUUCAUCAGCAAAAAUGGGUUGUAUGUGUAGAACAGAUAUUGAUCUGUACGUAUAGUGGGCACAAUAUGAAAGACCUCAAACUACAGGAGAGGACCAAUGACAUGAAAUCAGACCAAUUCAUUAUUAUAUGUCAAACAUCACAGAAUUGUAAAGUUGAGGGUAACUUGUAUCUAGAACUAUUUCACUGAUGAGCGACUGUAGUAAAGAUGCAGUAUUUAUAUGGAUGUAGCUUGGUCACAUACUAAUUUGAAUACCUUGUAAGUCUUUGGGACACAUUCUGUACAGAAAUAAAACAUGAAAUGUUCAUGUGAAAUCAGAAAUUAAGUUAAAGCUUCUGUAGAAAACUAACCUCUGAACUAAUUACUAAAUAAA